AUAUCUGACUUCCUGUUGAUGACGAGUUUGUCUUCUCCUUGUCUUCCUUGUAGAUUUGUGUAGCUCGCAGCGCGGGAAUAUUUUGCAGCGUGAAUGAGAGAGUAGUUAUUUUUAAAUUAAACAUAACAAACAAAUAUGGAUCCUUCCGAGGUCGAGUUCCUCGCCGAGAAAGAGACGGUGAAGAUUAUUCCAAAUUUCAGUCUGGACAAGAUCUAUUUGAUCGGGGGCGACCUGGGUCCCUUCAACCCUGGACUGCCAGUUGAUGUCCCUGUGUGGCUGGCUCUUAACUUGAAGCAGAGACAGAAAUGUAGAAUUGUUCCUCCUGAGUGGAUGGACGUUGAGAAACUGGAGGAGAUGCGAGAGCUUGAGAGGAAAGAGAACACCUUUACGCCUGUUCCCAGCCCUUACUACAUGGAGCUGACCAAACUGCUACUGAACCACGCAUCAGACAAUAUUCCUAAAGCAGACGAGAUCCGCACACUGGUCAAAGACAUCUGGGACACACGUAUCGCUAAACUCCGCCUGUCCGCUGACAGCUUCAUCAGUCAGCAGGAGGCUCAUGCCACGCUGGACAACCUGACUCUGAUGGAGAUCAACACCAUUCGAACCUUUCUCCUUGACUCUCUCAACUGCAUGUACAAACUCCGGUCCAAUCUGCAGCCUGGUUCCAGUAAAGGACAAUUUGCGGACUAUUAAUUCGCUAGAUCAAGGCCUGCUGAACAGGUUUGGAUCUUGUCCCAAGAAUUUGGGAGAGCUGGGGAUAAAGCCUUGGACUGAGGUGUGUAUUUACUGAGUAACUUCCUCAUUACUGAAAAGAAACUGAAGAAAGCAGAAGAGUUUUACUCAGCCUUUUUAAGGGAUUAUACUUCUCUCGUGGGGGACGUCUUAAUCUGUAUGGAAGCUUUAAAUGCAGCUGCUGUUUGCAAUGUGCAUACUUACUUUCAUUUAGGAUGCUCACAGUAGUUUAAAAAGUCUCCAUGCAUUUGUAUGUUUCAAUAUGUGACAAAAAAAUUUAUUAGUGUGUAGUAAGUGUAAUUUUUGGCAUUUCUCCUACAGUGUUUGAUUUUUCAUUGUGUGUAUUUGUCGUCAUUUUCUUUGUGUAAUACUUCCUCUGAAUUUUUAAAAAUGUUCUGGAGGAAUGCAGUUUAGCAGGUUCAAGAUUUGCGAGCGAAGUAGACACAUCCUAAAUAAAUAGUAGCCACGAGGAGCCAUAGUACAGUAACAGCAACAGCAGAACUAUUCCUAAAGCCUAAAUUACAGUACAUUUCUGAUUUUAGUUUUCUGUGAAAAUGUCUACCUACUGUACCAGCAUCCACAAACAGACAAAGAUUAGUAUUUAACAUUUUUGAAAUAUUUUAUUUUCUUUUUUGUCUGAAAUCACAGCCAUAUAUUCAUAAAUACCUAAUUACUACAUUCAACAAAGAAUAUAUUACAUUACAAUGAAUUCAAACAAGUACAUUUUAAAAACAGGAUUUCACAGCAUCUAGACAUCCUCCACUGAGUAAUGGGGCUAUUGCAUGGGCGUGCGUGGGUUGGAGACACAGGGAUGCUGGGUAAGGGGGCUUACUGUACUACACCUUCCUCCCCAGCUCAUUGGCAGCUUCCCUCAGCAUGCGUGCUCCCUCCUUAGCUGACAGGUUGCACACUUGGCUCUUUUCUACUCUGUAAAAAAAAUAAAAGAUGAUGGACUACACUGUGUCCCUCUGGACUGGCUCAGGCCUCGUUAAAGAAAAAGAUCUUGUGAUUAAAUUAUUUGUUGGAGAUGAUUUUAGAUAAAGGAAUUCUGUGCCCGUUCUCUUGCACAUAUCUGUCAGGACUGGGACGUACAGUACAGAGACUUCAAUGUAAAAUGUAAAGGCCCUAAUCUCUGAUGUUACGUGGAGAAUGUCCAUCUUGUGGACUGAAAAUCAUUCACAUGCUCCCAAAUUCCUGAGGCACUUGUAAGUCCUAUACAUGGGGUAGUUGUGCUUCCGUCUUUAUUAAUAAAUUAACUUUCUGCACAUUUUCA